UUUUUGUUUUUUUUUAAUGCUUGUUAUUAUGAUCUGAUAUGUAUUUUGAAAAAGCUGAGCGUGUGCUGUAUCUGUUAUGUAAGUGUCAAAAAAAAAGAGCUUGUUCCUUUAAAAGUGAAUGAGACAGCCCCGAAGCAAGCCCGGUUGCAGAAGUCCCGAUAUGUCUGUACAGCUCUGCUGCGUUUGGAACAGUUAGCUCGUACGCAUUUUUAUACUGGGUUUUGAAAGCAGCUCUCAAAUGGCAUCACUUCCCCCAAGAAACUUGACAGGCGGGUCAACUGCAGCCGAAAAUGUUUGGAUUUUGUUGUUGGGAUAAAGAAACUGUUAUUUGAGACGCAUUUUUGUACGCAGGAGAAAAGGCAAAUUUUAAGUACGUCAUUAAUAUGGCGCCAAAACAUUUUUAAGUAUGAGCUUAUUUUUGUUGUGAGGUUGCAAGAUCCAGUGGCAAAAAUACGCCUGUACAAUCGCAAGGGAGGAGAGGAGCGGAGAGAAAUGUUUUGGUGGCGCGAGAGCGUUGCGAAAUUAACCUGAUUCGAGUUGUAUGCCAAUUUGAUCCACCAGAAGAAGAAAAGAAAAAAAAAAGUCUAGCGUGUACUGCAGUUCAAAUUAUAAAAAUCGGAUUAUCACUGGACGGGAACGGAACGUGCGAUCGGAUUACUGCAAAAGAUAACAUAUUUCUGGAUUUCACAAAGUCUAAAAAGAUACAUGCAGUUAAAAUCUGGUUCCGCAGGCGGCCAUCUCAGUUCUAUUGCAUAUCAUGUUUUCUUCUGGGUGUAAUAAUAUUAGGUGGAUGGAGUAGUUACUUGUAUAUUUUACUGUCGGGAGAGGAUUGAACGCUAUCACAGAACCAAUGUGGAAUGGAUCUAGAUUGAGCAAGUACACGAUGAUCCCCUAAUUUUACAGCAUCGUUCAACUCCCCUCCCCUCGAUCCGAGGACGGGCUCGCAUGCUCUGAAAAGCAACCUGCACCUCAAGCAAGAUGGAAAGUGAAAAGAAAAGGAGGAAAUACUCGUCCAGCAGCAAUGACUCCGACGCCACUGACAUUCAUGUAACCUCUUGGUCUAGGUGUUCCAAGAACAUGAAUACUAACAGCACCUGGGCUCGGCAGGAGGACAAGCCGAAGAAGCCCUCUGAGGUAUUCAGGACAGAUUUUAUUACUGCGAUGAAGCUGCCAGACUCAUCCCAGCUGAGCCCCGAUGAGUUUUACAUCCUCACUGAUCCCUGGAGGCAGGAGUGGGAGAAGGGGGUUCAGGUGCCAGCCAUGGUGGAGGCCAUCCCAGAGCCUGUGGUCAGGGCAUUGCCAGAAGUCAGCUGGAUUCCUUUCUGCUCUGCCUCCCAGAGCAUCCUGAGCGGGUUCCAGUCCUCCAAGCCUGGCCAUGUGGGCAUGAGGACCUCGGCAGAGCAGCUCAGCCGCUACGACCUGGACGACUGCGAUGUCUGCUGGCUGGAGCUUGUCAACACGGAAUUCAGGGAACAAGCACUGCCCGAGCUGGAUGAGCUGACAAUGGAGCGGGUGAUUGAGGAGCUGGAGAGCCAGUGCUACGAGAACAUGCAGAUCGCCAUAGAAACAGAGGAGGGACUUGGUAUCGAAUACGACGAGGAUGUGGUGUGUGACGUGUGCCGCUCGCCCGAGGGAGAGGAUGGCAAUGAGAUGGUUUUCUGUGACAAGUGCAACAUCUGUGUUCAUCAGGCGUGCUAUGGCAUUCUGAAAGUGCCUACGGGCAACUGGCUGUGCCGGACCUGUGCUCUGGGGGUCCAACCCAAAUGCCUGCUGUGCCCCAGGAGAGGGGGAGCCUUGAAACCAACCCGCAGCGGAACCAAGUGGGUCCAUGUCAGCUGUGCCUUAUGGAUACCUGAAGUGAGCAUAGGUUGCCCCGAGAAGAUGGAGCCAAUCACUAAGGUGUCCCACAUCCCAGCAAGCAGGUGGGCCUUGUCCUGUAGUCUGUGCAAGGAGCACACAGGCACCUGCAUUCAGUGCUCCAUGCCCUCCUGCGUCAUAGCCUUCCACGUCACCUGUGCUUUCAACCACAGCCUGGAAAUGCGGACAAUCCUGGCUGAGAAUGACGAGGUCCGCUUCAAGUCCUACUGCCUGGACCACAGCAGCAACCUCCACAGCGGUGCUGGCACCAGUAAAGGAGAGCAGCCCCCAGGAGAUGGAACUACCGAGCCAAGAGUUCUGCAGCAGCAGCAGCAGGAAAAAAUAGACAAAAUGGAGCUGGAGAAGGCGAGCCAGCGGAAACAGAAGCUGCAAGAGCUGGAGGACGAGUUCUACAGGCUGGUGAACCCGGCGGACGUGUCCGAGAGCCUGGGCUUGCCCGACGCGCACGUCGACUUCCUCUAUCAGUUCUGGAAGCUCAAGAGGAAGUCGAACUUCAACCAGCCGCUGCUCACUCCCAAGCAAGACGAAGUGGACAACCUGGCCCAGCAGGAGCAGGACGUGCUCUACAAGCGCCUCAAACUCUUCACCCACCUGCGGCAGGACCUGGAGAGGGUUCGGAACCUGUGUUACAUGGUGACAAGAAGAGAGAAAAUGAAGCACUCCCUUUGCCAUCUCCAAGAAAAGGUGUUCCACCUCCAAAUCCAGCUGAUUGAGGAGGACUUGGCAAGAGAGAAAGCAGGGAAAGGAGGGAAAGCAGCAAAAGGCAGGCAGAGCGAAGUGAGAGGACGGAGGAAGUGUAGCCCGGAGAAAAAUGAGAGGUGGAAACCAGAGAAUGGAUCCUUGCUGAAACAGCUGGGUGAAUUCUUGCGCACUUUUUUCAUGGGUUUGUCCAAGACUUUUCCUAUUGACGAAGCACUCUUCAACAGCUGGCUGGCGCAGUCAGUGCAGAUCACCACGGAGGACAUGCUGAGCCAGUGGUCCCUCCACGACCGGCACGAGGAGAAGACAGCCAGCCUGCUCUCGGACCAGCUUCUGCAGGGCGAGGAGAGCCUGCUUAGCCUUAUGAUGGACCACUCCAUGAGUUCCACAUGGAAGACUCCCCAGGUAGGCAGGAGAGCCAAGGGGAAGCCCAGGGGGAAGAGUCGCAAGACCUCCUCCUCCUCCUCCUCCAGGGACGACAAAGGUGGCCACUCUGAGGAAGCAGGGACCCAGGAAAAGAGGGCCUCAAAAAGAGCUUCAAACCACAUUGAGAGAUCCAAAUCCUCCAAGACAGUCCACCAUCAUCAUUACCACCAUCGGAGGAACAGUAUGUCCAAGCAGGAUCCCAGCAGGAAAGGCUCUCCCCAGCCCCCCGUUUCCAAAAUGGAUUCCUGUCACAUUUCGGAGGAGAGGAGCCACUGGGUAGACCGCAAGGAGCCAGCCCAGGAGCCCAAGUACCCAGUCAAAGUGCCUGAGGCGGUCAGCGCCCCCAAGACUGUGGUGAGGUUCAGGUUACCGAAACAGGGUAAGUCAAAGUCAAAAGCUUGCAGCCAGGACCAGGGCAACGGCACUGAGCACAUAGAGAAGGACAGCUUUGACAAUGAGACUGAUGGCUAUUACUCAGACGCGGAAAUGAGUGACUCUGACACACAAUCCAGCAACGGGAGAAUGCGUCUCGGGCAGCUGCAUUCAGGAACCGAGGACCUCGUCAGGAGAAGCGUUUUGGCAUCUUAAAAACAAAACCAAACAAAAAAAAAAACAGCGUGGAAGCAAAGUUUGAACCCAGUACAAACUGCCAUGUCUUUUGUUUUAGCCAGUUGUCAUAGUUUAGUAUGGAUUUCUUUCCAAACAUAAAUCAAUACAUUUCGAGGUUACAAAUGCUGUUGCCUUCCUUUUUCACAAUGGAAACGGAUAAACAUUUUAAAUGUUUGUUACAUCGGUUAAAAAGAUGUUAAUGGCUACCUGUUAAGCAGUAAAGCCUGUGUGUUAUGAGUGAUAACACACAUGCAUGUACUUUAUAUGUAAGUCAUUGUAAUAUUGAAGUAUCAGCUAGACUAGCCUUGUGUUUUAGCCUCUUACAGCUACCGUUGCCAGUAUUACCUCCUUGUGCGGGGAUUAAUAAACUAGGGGCAUUACCAGCUGUCAUACUUCCUUGAUACUGACCUAAAAUGUAUGUGAUUGGUCCUUGUUUUUCAACAAACGUCUUAAGUAAAUCGCAAGUAAGGUAACUGAUUUAAAAGUGAUUUUUAAAAAAAAAAUAAAAAAAGCACAAGUGGUUUCUGGGGAGUCUUACAUCCCCACCAUAGGCAUAGGAAAGACUUUAAUUCUUCCAUUCAACGUUUAAAAUAUUGCUUCACUCUUAGACCAAUCAACACACAGUAUAGAGGGCUCUAUUCAUAACAGUCUUGUGACAGUGUGUUUUAUUUUUUUGGUGGGGGGGGGUGAAAUCACUUUAUAAUUUCUUGGCAUUUGGAUCUAGUUAACAGAAGGGAUGCACAGCAGUACAUAAAAGAAACUGAGAGCAAUUCAAAUGAGUUUCAAUGAGACAUCUUUGCCACUGUCUUGACGUAGUGCAGCGUUCUCAUUGAAGUAUUUCUUUUUGUUGCUGCUGUGUUACCUUCUGAUUGAAUGUUUAAGACAUGCAUGUUUAGGCUCUACACUGCUUUCAAUUGAUUCCUUUGAACCUUGAAAAUACAUGGUAGUUAGUGAGGUGUUAAAAUGCUUGUGAUGGUACUUCAAACACUUCAAGAAUCAAGUGUAAGAUACUUAACACAGAUUUGCUUUUAUUUUUAAAUGCCACAUGCACUACUGACUAUGUUUGAAGUAAAAAAAAAAAAAAAAAAAAUACCAGUGAAUCAAUCAAGUAACUAGAUAUUGGCUGCCUGAUUUUGCAGACUAAUGAGAAAAAAAAAAAAAAAAAACCCUGUUUGGCAUUGCCCUGGCUUGUCCCUUGAUAAUAAUGCUGUGCUUGUGCCAUGCUGACGAUGGCAACUUUCUAGAAGAUAAUGCCCCCAUCCACCGUGCCAGAGUCCAGCAUCUAUGAUCACAACCAUCCCCGGAUCUCAAUGCAAUUGUUUGGACUUCAACGGAAGGCAAACGGUCGCCCCACUCAAUAUUAUGUACAGAGCCUAAUAAAGUGGCCAGGCAGUGUACAUGCAUUCUAAAUGGUGUUGAAACUUUGUGAAUAGGGCCCCUUGCCACUCAUUUAACCAGUCACAUUAAUACCGGUAAGAAUCCAAACACAAAACCCUGUAAGUUGUAUUGCCUGGUCUUUUAAUCUAAGAGAAGAGCGUUUUCUAUCAGAGUGGUCCACAGUAUUUACUCAGGGGUAAAAAAAAAGAAGAAAAUAUUUAUUCUGUGGCUUUUUUGCGACUACACUGUUCGAGUCCUGACUACUGCUGAGCUUGUUUUUUUUUUUUAUAAAUGCCAAAGAACAGUCUGAAAAUGUGGCACUCAAGGGAACUCAAACUGUCUUCUGUCCACAGCGGUAGGAAUACAAUUGGGACUAGUGGAUUAGAAGAAAUGAUGACAUUUUCAGUUAGUUGGGUGCCUUGUGUUCCACAGUGUCGCAAAAAACAACACUGUCUGAAAACGAAUCCACUUACACAGUUAUAAUCUUUAGUGUGUACAAAAUGCUUUUUUUUUUUUUUUUUUUUUCCAGUCGUGGUCAACGUAGCCAAAUGCUGCUAAAUAUUAGAGACAGCCACUACUAUCCAAGGUGAAAGAUUAUCUAUCCUCUGUGUUCUGCAGUUCAGCUGACCAACAGAUUUUGACCAACAGGUCUUUUGUUUUCAUUAACUAUGCCCCCUUUGCUGUUGUCUGUGACAGAUUUUGAAUGUCAGCACAAACCUAGUGCUUUGUAACUUUCAAACUGGGUUUUAAAAACAGUUCUCAAAAGUUCAAAUAUUUCGCUAUCCCCCCAUAAUGGGCCUAAGCUGUUUAACACAAACAUGGUUUAAAUAUAGCUGGAUUUUUCAGUGAUUUAGGAUUUGUUAUAAUCUACAAAAUUGCUGACAGCGAGUUAAUAAAUGGAGUUCUCCCCUUAGGAAACCAUUCCCAUUGACAAACUUGGAAUUACUGUUGGAGUUACUGUUUCUGUUGCAGAGCUGACCUCUCAGCUGCCAGUGCAGAGACAUCUGUCGGCAAUUCUAAGUGUAUUAAUGCUUUGUGUGAAAGCUAUGAUGGGAAUGAAUGGUCAUUCACAGUACUGUUGAGUAACACCAGGGACUGUUUGCUGGUGGGGUUUAUUGCCAAAGCGGCAUUAUGAAAACAAAACGUUUCAAAGGAUUUCCCCUGCGGUGUUAGCUGGUUUAAUCCUCUAGGGGUUGAACCCAGGUUAUAGUCGACAGCUGAUUCUUGGUUUCGUAUGCACCUACCACAAUGUAUAAUACAGUACUAGCAAACAGUUUUCUGUAACAGGUGUUGUAGGCUUUAGCGACCAGUAAAUAUAAUGGAAUGCUCAAAUAUAAUUAAACAUACUCUAUCUGUAUCGGAGCUUGCUUCAGUGUGCUUCAGUUCAAAAAACCAAAAUGGUCUUUUAAAAAAAAAAAAAAUUCAACAAACCACUGCUUCUAGCUUCUGUGUUCUGCAUACCGAGUCCAUAGUCUUUUUAGUACAGGAGGAUCAAAGGGACAAACAUAAAGGACAAAUAAUGACAAGCACAUGUUCUGUAACAUGUAGUCUAUCCCAGAUGAAA